AGAUGGUCUUGGUAUGCUAUUUUGGGAUUUGCUCUAACCGAAGCUAUUGCUGGUGGCUUAGUUCCGUGCAGCUCUCUCCACUCUGAUUGGCGAAACAGAACUCUUCCCUCCUCCCCAGCGCUUUUUCCCUCCCUCGGCAACCGUUUUCUUCCACCGAUGGCCGUCGGCGCCGCCACUGCUGUGUCGGCCACCGAUCACAAUCCAGCAAUGAUGUAGCUACACCCCGUAAUCCGGAAGUUCUGUGGGCGCAGCGCUCCGAUCAAGUGUACUUGACUGUUGCCUUGCCGGACGCUAAGGACAUAUCGGUGAAAUGUGACCCCAAGGGUUUGUUCAGCUUCUCCGCUCGCGGGAAACAGGGCGAAACCUUCGAGCUCAAUCUCCAGCUUUACGCUCCUGUUCUCCCCGAGAAAUGCAAGACUAAUGUAGGGUUAAGGAACACAAUCUGCUCGAUUCAGAAAGAGGAGAAAGGGUGGUGGAAAAGACUGCUGAAGUCUGAAGAGAAGCCGGCGCCUUACAUUAAAGUUGAUUGGAACAAGUGGGUGGAUGAAGAUGACGAGGAAUCAACUAUGGACAUGCUGUCAGACGAUGACGACACACUUGCGGAUGAUGAGGAUGCUGAAAGCAAUGACGACGAAGGAAUGCUUUACCUUCCUGAUCUAGAGAAGGCAAGGGGAAAGUGAGCUGUUUCUUAUGCAUGGUGCUGCCAAGGUUUGUUUAUGUGAAUAUAGCCAUUAGCCACCUGCAACUCCUAUGUCCUUUCCCUCUGUCUCAACUUAGCUAGGACGUAUGUGCUGUUUAGAAGUUUAGCUUAGCUCUCCUCUGGGUUUAACUACCAAUACUACUUAGUUCAUCCAUGAUUGUAACUCUGGGAUCUUGUUUCUUAUUUGAAUCGAAUCGCAUAGUACAUGUAGGCGGUUAGCAGAAGGCUCUAGUCUUUCCUGUUUACUUAACUCAUGAAGUAGGCCAAAUGUAGAUAACUAAUGACUCCCCACUAAGAGAGAAGUGCUUUGGAGUUUCAGUUUCUUACUUUCUAUGAGCAAUUAGUGGGUCAGCUAUGCAACUGCUAACUGGGUUCUGGGUGUCAUCAGAUUAUUCACCUGGACACUCCCAACUAGAACAACGGCAGAUUAACAGGGG